AUGCAGGUCCUCACUGCAGUGGCCCUUGCGGCUAUUUUCCAAUAUACCCAAGCACAGGUGCCUGCUUAUGGGCAAUGUGGAGGCAGCGCUUACACUGGAAGUACGAGUUGUACAAGCGGCUAUGCUUGUACUUCACAGAACGCUUAUUACUACCACGCAAUUUCCGCUUCCAAUUUCGUCGCAAAACUUCACCCAGGCUGGAAUUUGGGCAAUACCCUCGAUGCCGUUCCGGAUGAGGGCUCCUGGAACAACGCGGCGGUUGUUGCAUCUACUUUUGAGACAGUGCAAGAUGCAGGAUUCAAUGGGGUUCGAAUUCCAGUUACAUAUGCUUAUCACUUCACUGGGAGUUCGCCGGACUGGACCGUUGAUCCGGACUGGCUACAGCGUGUUUCUGACGUGGUUGACAUGGCUACUUCAUUGGAUUUAUACACCAUUGUUAAUGUACAUCAUGACUCUUGGAUCUGGGCAGAUGUCACUGCAUCUGGUGCAAAUAUCACCAUGAUCGAAGAGAAAUUCUACCGUCUUUGGUAUCAGAUUGGCACAAAGUUAGCCUGCAAGUCGAGUCUCGUUGCAUUCGAAUCGAUCAAUGAGCCUCCCUGUGACGAUUCCACUGAUGGUGCCGAGAUUAACAAGCUGAAUAAGAUAUUCCUCCAGGCAAUUAAUGAUGCAGGGGGCUUCAAUUCCCAGCGUGUGGUCAACCUUGUUGGUGGUGGCGAGGAUAGUAUCAAGACUUCAGAGUGGUUUGUGGCGCCAUCUGGCUUUUCGAACCCUUAUGCGAUCCAGUUCCAUUACUAUAGUCCUUACGAUUUUAUCUUCAGCGCAUGGGGUAAAACAAUCUGGGGCUCGGAUACCGACAAAGCCACCCUUUCAUCUGACUUCCAACUUCUCCGAAACAACUUCAGCGACGUUCCAAUUAUUCUGGGGGAGUACGAUGCAUCCCCCACUAACACGGAGCCUGCAGGUCGGUGGAAAUAUGUGGAUGAGCUUGUUCGAUCGGCAUUAGAUUUGAACUUUGCUUGCAUUCUGUGGGAUAAUGGUCUAGACCAUUUAAAUCGUGACACUGCAACCUGGAGAGACCCGAAUUCCAUCUCGAUGAUCACAAAGUCGACUGCGGACACUUCGAAUAGUCUACCUGACAGCACCGAGGAUGCUUCUGCGACCUCUCAAUCCUCUUCGGCUUAUAUCUUCCACGAAUACGGCACUGAGGUGACACAGCAGUCGCUACCAUUUAUUUUCAAUGGAAAUACCCUGUCUUCGAUUACGGAUUCAGUUGGCUCAGCCUUGGCCUCAGGUACAGAUUACUCGGUCUCGGGCUCUAAUAUCAUCUUCACAGCUUCUUAUCUUUCGAAACAUCUUUCAUCGACAACUUCGCCAGGUAUCAUCACCAAUCUGACCUUGAAGUUUUCUGGAGGUUACUCUUCCCCGAUUGUACAGCUUGUUCAAUGGAAGACCCCGACUCUGUCCUCCAAGACUGCGGUAGCUUCAUCAGUAUCUGGCUCCGAUCUUUCUAUUCCCAUCACUUGGGGUGGGCUUCAAAGAGUUGCAGCAGUCAAAGCAUUAACUACGACUGGUACAUAUCUGGUCGAUGACUGGACUGUAUACUUGGGGCCUCUCCAGCAAGCACGGACGACAUAUAGCAGCCAGUAUAACUGGGAUUCUUCCAAUGUUAUCCUCACGUCUUCUGCUAUCAGCUCGGUUAUAUCUGCUGGUGUGACGACGGUGUUUACUUUUGAGUUCUUCCCCAGAGACAACGGUGCGGUAAAUGCUGUUAACUUCACUUUGACGGUUUGA